AUGGUAGAUUCGCCCGUUAAGCAGGAAAAUGAUGAUAUAAAUUUGGAUGGAAUAAAAAAUGAAUCGGGCAUAAAUACUUUAUAUCUUCAGAAACCAAAGAGACCUUCAAAAAAACGUAGUCAUGAUGUUGAUUUAGAGUCGACGAGACUUUCGCCUGCUUUAAAUACUUUGUUUGAUGUAUUCAAGAUCAUCAAUACAACAUAUACUUUUCUUUAUUCAAGAAAUUCUUUAACAAUAACGUUUCCCUUGUUAAACUCUAGCGUACGUCAAUCCUUAAAAAGAGAUCUCUCACUUUUGGAAUUAUCCCAGCUUAAAACAGUCGUUCCAGACCUAAUUGAGUUAAAUUAUAAGUCAUUUGACAGCUUGGCAAUGGAAAUGAACAAGAAUGUUUACGCAGAUAUUCCUAAACAAAUAUACUCUGAUGGCCAGCACUCUCAGGAAUCGAAUUACGUUCUGACAGUUUGUUUAAAUCAAACUUCUGAAUCUACAGUUAAACGUCAAAAAAAGGAGGGGCCUACUAUGAAAUCACGAAUCCAGAAAGGGAAGUUUGAUAUAAGUGCACUAAAGAAGGAAAUCGACAGUCGCAAUACAAUUUUUUCACGGAGAUUACAAGAAUUUUUAGGUUUUUGCAAUGCUAAAAAGAUAAAUCCGGAAGAGCAUUUGAUUGAAGAAGCUGAAAAAAGGAUACCUAUUCCUCCUGAUGCUGUAAUACAUUCUCCCUCAAAGACAGUUGAGGACCAUGAACUAAAGGUUCCAUCUUCAAUUGAAGAUGUACUAGUGAAUUUGGCUGAGGAAAGUACCUAUGAAGGUCAAAUAGUUCGAGAAAGUUUAUGUCAAUACCCUGCUGUUGAACCGCGAUUUGGAAACUUGAAACGUAAUCUUUCUCAAAGUUUGGUAAAUGCUUUAUACAGUUCUAAGAAUAUCGAAAGACUAUAUUCCCAUCAAGUCGAUGCAAUAAAUGCUCUUUGGGAGAAUACUCAUGUCAUCGUUUCAACAGGUACUUCCAGUGGAAAGUCCUUGAUUUAUCAAAUACCUAUUUUGGAUGAAUUGGAAAAAGACAUAGAGUCUACUUCCUUUUUUGUCUUUCCUACAAAGGCUCUGGCACAAGAUCAGAAACGAUCUUUAAUGGAUGUAUUAAGUUAUAUGCCUUCGUUGGCUCAUAUACGGAUUGAUACAUUUGAUGGCGAUACAGCAAUUGAAUCAAGGAAUGGAAUAAUUGAAAACUCAAGUAUUAUUUUUACAAAUCCGGAUAUGUUGCACCAGACGAUUUUACCAAACCAUCAACGAUGGGAUCGCUUUUUCAAAAACUUGAAGCUUUUUGUAUUAGACGAAGCACAUAUUUAUAACGGUAUUUUCGGUGUUCAUGUUGCCAUGAUUAUGAGAAGGUUACGAAGGAUAGCAGAAUACUAUAGCAAUGAUCGGUAUAGAUUUGUUUCUUGUUCGGCUACAAUUGAACAACCAAUACGGCAUAUGAACAUGAUUUUUGGAGUUAAAAAUGUAAGACUUAUAGAUUACACAGCUUCGCCUUCGGGUGCAAAGCAUUUCUUAAUGUGGAAUCCUCCUUUGGUAGAUAAAAAGAAUGUUAAUUCAGGAAGGAAACCGGCGAUUAUGGAGGCUGCUAAUUUACUUAUUUAUCUUGCUGAGAGAAAAGUUCGUACUAUAGUCUUUUGCCGAAUUCGAAAAGCUUGCGAAUCACUGAUGAGAUUGGUAAGAGGACAACUGAAAGCAUCUCGUAAGGAGUACUUAUUAGAGAAAAUUCAAAGCUACAGGGCUGGGUAUACAGUUCAAGAGAGGAGAAAAAUAGAAAAAGAAAUGUUUUGUGGUAACCUUUAUGGAAUUGUUGCAACGAACGCCCUCGAAUUAGGUAUUGACAUAGGCUCCCUAGACGCAGCCAUCACCGUUGGUUUUCCAAGCUCAUUAUCUAAUCUACGACAACAAUUUGGAAGGGCCGGAAGACGAAACAAAUCCUCCAUGGCGAUAUACGUUGUUGAAACCUUCCCUGUAGAUCAAUAUUACUUACAACACCCUACCUUAAUUCACACACAUCCUAACGCACAAUUGACAUUGGAUCUCGAUAAUGAAGCUUUGAUGGCAAAUCAUUUACAGUGUGCGGCUUUUGAGUUGCCGAUAAACACAAUGAGCGACAGUCGAUUUUUUGAGGGUGAAAUCUCUGAAGUAUGCAAAGAUCAUUUGGCAAAAAACGAAAAAGAUUUGUUUUUUCCUCACCCUAAAUACUUGCCUUUUCCUGCAGCCCAAGUACAAAUUCGCAACAUCAAUGAAGACAUGUAUACCUUGGUUGAUGUAACCGAUGAUAGAAACGUUGUUUUGGAGCAAUUGGAACCAUUUCGUGUUAUGCUUGGUGCUUAUGAAGGGGCUGUUUAUGUAUAUCAAGGAAAGACGUUCAUUGUGAAAACGUUGAAUAUUCCAAGGAGGUUAAUUACGUGUAACAGGGUAGACGUAGAAUGGUCUACUCUUCAAAGAGAUUAUACUGACAUUGAUCCUCAACGGAAUCUCUCAAGAAAAACCCUGCAGUCAGGUAAUAUUAAUGUCUUUCAAGGAAACGUCUCAGUGACAUUACAUGUAUUUGGCUACUUUAAAGUUAAUAAACAGAGAGAUAUAUUAGACGUCGUUGAUAUUGUGGAUAACCCGGUUGAAAUGAUUAGCCGUGGGUUUUGGAUUGAUGUUCCAUGGCAUAUCGUGGAGAUUUUAUCGUGGAAAAAAAUAAACGGUUCAGCAAGUAUACACGCUGCUCAGCAUGCUUUAAUGUCCUUAAUGCCAAUAUUCGCUGGAAACGGCGGGAACGAUAUACGAACGGAAUGCAAGUCAGGUGAAAAAGAAUUCAAGCAAGAAGCUAGUGAGCGAAGAAGACCAUCACGUUUAAUAUUUUACGACAACUGUGGUGAAUGCGGUGGAGCAAACUUGUGCAAGAAAGCCUAUACGUAUGUUGACGAAUUGGUAAUCAUGGCAAUAGAUCGUCUGCAAAACUGUGGAUGUAAAAUACGCGAAGGUUGUCCUCAAUGCAUUACAAGCAUCCAGUUUGAAGGAGGAAUUUGCUCUGGAGAAGUAUUAGACAAAUGGGGAGCAUUAAUACUUUUGAAAAUGCUUAUCGGUCAGAAUGUCAAUCUUGACCUUUUCCCAGAUGGACCCGAAGUAGACGAAUACCACGCGCUAAGAACACUUAUACCAACAUAA